AUGUCAGCGACAGUGACUGUUACAAUCUCCUCCUCUUCCACCGCAUCAGCCGCGGCGUCGGCGUCUUCCAGUGCAGCCUCUGGUUCAUUCACCGUCUCCGGAAACCUCAAGAUUGUUGGAAUUAUCCUUGCUAUUUCCAGCGGUCUGCUCAUCGGCUCCAGCUUCGUAUUCAAAAAGAAGGGUCUGCUUAGAUCUCAGAAAGGACUGGUCGCCGGCGAGGGUGUCGCAUACUUGAAGUCGCCUCUAUGGUGGCUUGGAAUGACCAUGAUGAUCCUUGGGGAGAUAUGUAACUUUGUCGCAUACGCGUUUGUUGAAGCCAUCGUUGUGACUCCUAUGGGCGCAUUGUCUGUUGUGAUAUGCGCCAUCCUGUCCCAUUUCUUUCUUGACGAGAAGCUGAGCUUCUUUGGAUGGCUGGGAUGUGGACUAUGUAUCAUAGGCUCUGUAAUAAUAGCGCUCAACGGCCCUCAGGAAUCGUCCAUCGGGCAGAUCAAGCUGUUCCAGAAAAUGUUUCUCGCACCGGGUUUCCUUGUGUACGGCUCCAUACUCAUCGCAGCGGCUCUUGUCAUUAUUUUCUUCUUUGCGCCCCGGUACGGGAAAAAGAGCAUGCUCUGGUACAUUAUGGUUUGCAGCAUGAUCGGAGGUAUCAGCGUAAGCGUCACCACUGGACUGGGCUCUGCGAUCGUCACCACUGCGAUGGGUGACAACCAGUUCAAGUAUUGGUUCAUGUACUUCUUGAUGGCAUUCAUCGCGGUCACUCUCAUCACCGAAGUUUAUUAUCUCAACAAGGCGCUGGCGCUCUUCAAUACCGUUACCCCGACUUACUACGUGAUAUUCACGUUCUUCUCUAUGCUCACGACAAUCGUCCUGUUCCAAGGACUCAAAGCGAGCGCUAGUCAGAUCAUCACGCUCGUGAUGGGUUUCGUCGUCAUCUGCUUCGGCAUCACGAUCCUGCAGCUAUCCAAGGUUGACCCGACCGAAUUCAAGAUGCUCGAUCGGCGAUCUACCAUCCUGCUGCAGGCCGCCAGGAAGGAGACGGAGGGCAUGGAAGAAAAGAAUUUGGCGGCGGUCGAAGACCCUGGUAUGGACGCGCUGCGCGGCGGGUUCGGCAUGAUCGGAAGCGUCAUACGCGCACGGAGCGCUCACAGGAUGAGCAUGUCCAGCGCAGCGACGGGGUCGGUGCGCUCGCGGUACAGCAACGCCCCACCUGUGCCCGGCGGGGACCCGCUCGCGGGGAUGAAGCGCCAUCAGCUGUUUGACCCGCCGAUGCCGAUGACGCCGGACGGCACGAGUGGGGACCGCUUCUCGAUGAUGAGCCGGCCGUCGGACGUUGGCUCGCCGUUGCCUGGUUCGAGGAAGCAGACGAUCAAGUUUGACACGGAGGACGUGGUGCAUUCGUACCACCUCCCUGGGACGGGCGAUAAUUCUGCGACGCAUGAACAUAGGAGCGCGAGUCAUCAGUCGAUGAGCCCGUCUCCGAAAGCUGUGCGUCUUGGUUUGGGAUGGGUCGGCGAAAGCGCUGCUAAUAGAUUCGUGUAG